UUACUUAGUGAUGUAAGCUGCCAUGAUUUAUUUGCCAGUCAUAUCCCAACAAAUUCCAAAAACCAUGGACAACGUUACAAGUCAGAAAAGGGCAGAGAUAACAGAUAGAUUAGCGAAAAGGGACGAAGAACGUUUAAAUGAAUUGGAAAAGAGAAAACAAGAAAGAGGAAACGAUUUAUCUACACUCGAAGGUGCGAAAUAUUUUUUGGAAAAUUUCAACAAGGAAAAGUGUGAUAUUCUUAACUCCUUAGAAAAAAUCGACAAUCUAAGUAAGGAUGAAAGGCUAAAUGAAUUUGACAGAAUUUCGCAAAAACUUCAAUCUCUUCAAAAAUUUCACGCGGAUUCCACCAUGUUUUUACCUUCUUAUGAUGUCAGACAAAGUCAGGAAGCACUGGGUGUAUUACAAACUCGUGUCCAAGAGAAGAGAGAAGAGCUCUUCCCCAAAAAGAAAUUUGCUUUCUCUUCAAAGAAGAAGUUAUCAAGCAAGGUUGAAACUGAGUCAGUGCCCUCUAUUGUUGACAACUCUGUUGAUAUACAAUUGUCGGAAUGUUCAAUUCAGAAGAGGUCUCAUGAAUGUAUUGAAAUGAGUGAGAAUAUAGUAUUUAAGGAGGAUGUUUCCUUAAUUGAUAACAAGUUUUGCACUAUCAAAGUAUUUGGAGCACCAUCAACAGUUCAUAUGAAAAAUCUUGAUAACUGCAUUGUUCUGGUUGGGCCAGUAUCAAGUUCCGUUUUCAUAAGUGACUGCAAAAAAUGUACCUUUGUAAUUGCUUGCCAGCAGCUGAGAACACAUUCAACAGUUGACUGCAAAUUUUUUCUGCAUGUUACAAGUCGGGCAAUUAUAGAAGACUGUGAACAGUUACGAUUUGCACCAUACAGUCUCAGUUAUCCUAACUUGGACAAGCAUUUUGUCACUGCAGGACUAGACAAAUCAAAAAAUAAUUGGAAUGACGUUGAUGACUUCAACUGGCUUGCAUGUGAUGUACACUCUCCUAAUUGGAGUGUAAUGAAAGAAGAGGAAAAUGAAGAAUUUAAAUUUUGAGAUACAGUCCAUAUGGUACUUUUCAUUUGGAGAAAACUGUCAUGUGAUUGCAUAAGAGACCCUAAAAAACACAUUCAUUUGAAUUCAUUGGUUUGCUGCUUUCAUCUCUCUGCUGGCUCUGCUUUUAUAGUGGUUGUGUCAUGAAAACAUUUGAAAAAUAGUUUUCUUAGGGUGUAUAGAACUAUUGUACACAUUAAACAUUUUUUGUAUCAACACAUAUGUAGAUAUAAUAGUGAUGUCUAGGGUCUCUGGCAAUGUUCAAAGUAGUAAAGAAGGUCAUAUCACGCUCUAAUAUUAUUACUUAUUAGGUUAGUUACUGACUCACUACGGAAAUAUAUUGAUUUGAUCAAUCUCGUAGAUGGCGAGGCGAAAUUUACAUAUAACGUGAUGCAAUAUUGUAAUAUAUGAUAUUAUACAAUAUUGUGUCAAACCGCACAUUAAUAUACAUAUGUUAAUAAAGAUCAAUAACUGAUUUUCAUGUGAUAUGAUAAAGGUGAUCUCACAAAGGCGAUGCCUCAUCCUGGUUAGCUCUGUAGUCUUUAAAUACCUAUGUUUACAUUUUAUGAAGACUGCAUGUAUGCAUACAUAAAAAUUGUCAGAAAUUCCAAUAUAUUGACCAUUCAAUAAGAGAGGAAAUCCAGUUUUAUUGAUGGAUUUAGAAUGAAUGCUUAAACAGCUAAUAAAUUUAUAGCUUUCACA